AGAUACCUGGCCCUGGGUGAUCCUGAUUCUCAAAAACGAUGAAAAUUAGGAAAUGAAGAAAGGACAUCUGUUUUUACCUAAUUGAGAGAGUGGGAUUAACAAGGCGAAUACAGACAGUGCCUCUCACAAUCCUCACUUCACUUAUGUAGUUAUGUCAAAGAGUCAAAACAUCAACUGAUCCCACUUGAAGUUGUAGCUCUUGGAUUGAAUUUACAGCAAAAACUUUUGUGAUUUCACAAAAGUUUUGAGCUGAGUCAAUGAACAGAACUCAGGUCUGAGGAGGGGUAGUUGGUAGAUCAGAGCAGGAAAAAUAAGAAUGGCAAUCCGAGCUGACAGGAGAAAUUAUGUGAUGUCAGUAGAGCUUGCUAUGCAAAGAGAGAUGGAAUUCAGGCAAAAGCUGAUAAAUCAGAGUUCUCUGCAACCUCAGGUGGAAAGACCAACUUCAAGUCAAGUUCCAGGGACAAUAAUUCAGCCUGCUUCAAAUGUGUAUCUCCGUCCAUCUCAUGGACCUAUUUGUGGGCCUACGAAUACUGUUUCAGUACCAAUUGCUAGGCCACCUGGCCUUCCUCCGUAUCCAUAUCCAUCGCCAUAUUCAAGACCAAGCCCAAAUGCAGGUCCAUCUCGUUCAGCUGAUCAACGGCGGAAUGGCAGAGCUCCUCUUCCAGAUGGAAUUUUUACAUGCAAAGUUUGUCAGAUUGACUGCAAAACUGGCUUUAAUCUGUUGGGACACUACCAAGGUCAAAAGCACAAGGCCAGAUUACAAGGCGGGAAGGGGAAGGAAGUAGCUAGUGGAAAACAGCCGCGAGAAAAUGAGAAGCGGCCAUACUGUGACUUGUGUGGGAUCUGGUGUACUGAUGAGUAUACUUACAGGAUGCACUUCAAUUGCACUAACCAUAUUCUCAAGCAGUAUGACUGUCUGAUGAAAAAAAAGGGUGUAUAUGUAGCAUAGUAUGGUUCUAUCAAGAAGUUGAUGCACUAAUAAGUAAUAAUCCCAUUUUUAUUUUUUAGGCAAAUCGAACUAUGUGAUGGAGAGCAAAACUUUUGAUGUUCAGCAAAUAUCUGUUGAUUUCAACGAUGCAAUUAAGUAUCCUUUGAUAUAUGGGAUGUCCUUUAGAAUUGUAUA